AUGUACAAGACAGGGAAAGUACAGACGAAAGUACAAGACGAAGUACAGAGACGGGAGUACAAGCCGAAGUACAAGACGGGAAGUACAGAGACGAAAGGUACAGUUGCGAAAAAAAGUAGCAAGACGAAAGUACAAGACGAAAGUCACAAGCGACAAGUACAAGACGAGAGUCAAGACGAAAGUCAGACUGUAGAGUACAAGACGAAAGUCAAGUCGAAAGUAACAAGCGAAAGUACAACAGACAAGAGAGUACAGACGAAAGUACACAGGACGAAAUACAAGUCGAAGUACCACAAGACGAGAGUACAAGACGAAGUACAAGACGAAGUUAUCAAGACGAAGUACAAGACGAAAGUACAAGACGAAAGACGAAGUAAAGUCGAAAGUACCAAGUCGAAGUACAAGACGGAAAGUACAAGGACGAAAGUAAAAGCGCAAGUAAAGACGGAAAGUACAAGUAGACAAGUACAAGACGAAAGUACAAAGACGAAAGUACAAGAACGAAGUACAAGACGAGAACGAAAGUACAAGGACGAAUACAAGUUCGAAGGUAUCAAGUUCGAAAGUACAAGACGAGAGUACAAGUCGAAACAAGACGAAAGUACAAGACGAAAUGUACAAGUACGAAAGUACCAAGACGAAAUACCAAGACGAAAGUACCAAGAGAAAGUACAAGAGCGAAAGUACAAGAACGGAAAGUACAAGCCGAAAGUAAAAGUCGAAAGUACAGAGAGAGUAAAGUCGAAAGUACAAAAGAACGAAGUAACAGAACGGGAAGUACAAGGAGAAAGUACAAGACGAAAGUACAAGACGAAAGUACAAAACGAAAGUACAAGAGCGAAGAGUAGCAAGAUGAGAGUCCAAUGA